ACAUGGCCCUGGGAAGCAUAUGUAAUAUACCAUAGAAACCACCCAAUUUAAAUCGAGUGAAACCUUUUCUUUUUGCUUGCUUGUAAUUUUUUUUCUCAUCAAUAUCACCUUCGUUUUGGAGGCCAAGGGGGGGGAGGGGUUUGUCAUUUUUUUCUGACCAAAAUGUCAAUUUUUUUCCAAACCAGCACCCUCACUUCAAUAAACAUUCCCAGGCCCCUGCUUAAAUACAGUAUCUACUUAUCCCGAAAAAUAUCUCUCAUCACAACUGGAACAACAGCGAACAAGUAUGGACUGCACAAGGGUCAAGCCCACAUCGACUCAGCAAUAAAACAACUUAUGAUGCAAGUUAAGGGAGCAGAUGGGAGGUACACUGUAUGAAUGGGUGACAACUCUCCCAAGAAUGGGACAGGUGGGACAAUUGAAUUACUCUAGAGGUAGGGGAGAUCGUAGAUAUCUUCAGUUACUGAAGAGUCAUUCCACCCCAUCCAUUGGCACAUAUGGUUGUUUCAUUAUUAAGUGACCACACUAAACAGUGCUACUUAUCAUUUGAACUAAGCAUCAGGUACAUGUAUAUGUACCUAUAAUCCUGAAGAAUGUUUAAAACUUAAAGAGAAGGUAGCAUGCCAGGUUCAUUUUCAUCAUCAUCAUCAUCAUCAUCAUCCAAAGAGCUAAUUACUUUCCUGGUGACAUUCUUGGGUCAUGUAGAGUCCAUUUUUUUUAAUGGACAUGUGGAUGUUUUCUGCAGCCAUUCAAUGAAUGCAGCCUUGUACCUCUUCUUGAGAUCUCCAUUGCCUUUACACAAGUAUAUUUUUUGUAUCACAUCUUGUAUGUUUAGGUUAACUGUAUGUAUUAUUUCAUUUUUUUUCUAACUGUAAAACAACGUAUCUAGCUCAAAUUUAAUGGAGAUAGGGUUUGCAAGAGGACAAGCAAAGCUCUAUGAAAUAGGUAUAGAUUUCAGAGCAUCCACAGCCGCUCAAUCACAGAAAUUAACUGACUCAAUAUCUGCAAGAACCAGGAAACUUAAAUUUGUUUUAAGGCAUCGAUCGCCUAUCUCCAAAUAAGUAUCUCCCACAGAGAUGGAACAUAUGCCAAACACUGUAGGGUGCAUCAGUUGCACCCAUGCUGUUAUUAUAAAGACAAUGAGCAUUGAAAUAAAAAUCGGAAAGGUCAACACACACUUAACAUUCAACAUCAUUGAUCAAAGCUACAUUGGACAGAUGUCUUUGACAGAUGGCCAGGCUCCAACCAUGAAACCUUUAUUUGGAGGAACAGCAAAGUCUUUGUCGAUUUCAGAGAAGAACGGAAAAUAAAGAAAUAUUGAAGAAGAUUAAUGGAAGGAUAAGAGGAGGCAGCCACAUCUAUGAUGAGUGCUGAGCUGGCUUUCUUACAAGAACAUGCCUAGUGGAAGCCACAUCAGGCACACAAAGUCCCAAAUUCACAAAGGUGUUUUUUUUUCAGAAUCCACAGAUUUUAGAAUCCAAAGAUUUUUUUUUGUCCACGAAUUCACCAAGUCUGUAACUCACUUUUAGGACAUCAUCACCACGGCAAGAGUUCUAAUGACCUCUGCCGAGGAAGGACAUACUCGAUCUUGACAAGAAGGAGCAUGAGCUCAGAAUGAAACUAAUGAACAAAGAACACCAAAAUGAAUCAAGCAUAUGAACAAUUCGAUUACAAGAGAAAAUGGCUAAUGAAGAACAUGCCAUCAAAAUGGAAAUUUUUGGUUUACAGAAAUGAGUUAUAGAGGAAAGAGAAAAGCCCUUGGCUUGACUGAUACAGAUUGUUACUUCGGGUCAAUACAUCUCAAUGAAAUGUCUGUGAGGAAAGCAUCAAUAACUAAGAGCAUACAGGGACAACACCAAAAGAUAAUGUGAGGAAACAUCAAUUGAAGCUAUUAAACACAAAUGUGUGUGUCUAUUAAUUACUUUUUUUAUGUGCUUGUUUUCUAGAUAACAGAUGAAUGGACAAUAGAUAAAAAACAGGCGAAAAUUUUAAAUAAAAAAAUUGAAUUGUAUGUAUGGAAUAAUCUCAGAAGACUGAAAAGUAAAAUAAACUCCAUUAAUCAAAGGGAUAUACAUCUAAUAUGACAAAUCAGAGCAUGUGUUAUGCAUAAAGUGAUUAUUGAAAAUCAUUUAUUUCAAAUGGAGACAUACUGAAAAUCAUAUUUAAUUUCAACGAACGUGUAAUCCAUUAGUACAACCAAGAAUAUACAUGUAUUCAAAAAGACAAAAAUAUUUCUUUUUAAAGUUUAACCUAAUCCAAAGAAAGGCUUUCUUUCAUCACUAACCAGCACGCACUCAACCCCCCCAAAAAAGUGCAGGCACCGCCCACACCCAGAAAGAAAACCAUGCAAUUGUAAGACAAAACCACCACACCACACAACAAACAAGAGUCACUCGACCUGAUGCGCUUCCAAGGAAAGGACAUGAAACCGACAAUAGCAGACAACACUAAACGUAUUGUUCUGCCAAGAAGCAUCAAGCACUUUCGACAAACCUAAACAUACAUGCCAACUCCUUCAUAUAUCUCAAUUAUGGUAAAAUAACUUUUGCAAACCUUGCAGAAAGCCUCACUGCAACACGUGGGGUUAUUUUACCAGCAAGAUAUCCGGACCAAAGGGUACCUGGAAGAUCCACAGGUCUUUCAAGUGUGGUAUAAACUAAAUAAAGCAUUUAUUGCAUAGAUGUUCCAAGUGCAAAAUGAUUUACAUCACAAAGACAAAGAGGAGGCUUGCCGAAAGAGUGACGGAACAUCUGUGUUCCAUCAGGAUCAGGUCAGCAGGUUUGCCUUUGGCUCAUUACUUUACCCAACUGGACCAUAUUAUCGGCCAUUUGAAGGUUUGCAAUCUGAUUCUGCAAUCUGAUUCUGAUACGGCCAGGAAAGAGAAGGAGGAGAGUGUCAUCCAUUCUCUCCAAUCCAGUGGGAUGAAUGUGCCUUUACAGUCCUUUCCCGCACAUUAAUAUGGGAGAGUGAGGAGAAGUGGAAUGCAGACAAAGUGGGACACCUCCCCUAUCUGUGAAAGUAGAGAACUAAUCAGUAAUUGGUUUAUAUCCUGCAAUAGGUCUUACCUACAUAGCAACCAUAGAAUCCAUGUCAAGAGCUACACCACGAUCCUUCAGGUAAGGUUAAUUCAAACUUACUUUUUCCCAUUUUUAUUUAAUUUUGGGGACUGGUGGGGAGAAAUGGGAGAAAAAGUUUUGUCGCACUUCUCCCCCAUUCUUCUCUUCUCUCCUUUUCCCAUGCUUUACGUACUGCAUUUCUAUGAUACUUGUUGACUUAAUAAUUUCAUAAUUUCCUGAUGAAGACCAUUGGGCAAAAAUACAAUUAAAAUUUGUCUCUCAAGGGUUAUUUAUUUCCCCUUGUAUUUUACCACAACUGACACAGGACCUUUCACAACAUAUGUAAGAUGGCCUUGCUCCUAGAAUUUAAAGUUUGUUUUAAUAAGUUUUUACCACUUAAUCCAGUUAGACUGUCAAAGAUCACGCUCUGGAAAUCUCGGAGGCAAUCAGUACUUCAGGCAGAUUUUGCUAACUUACUCUCCUUGAGGUUGGGUCGGAGACACGAUUCUCAGUCUGGUUCUUGGCGCUACUCGGGACUCGUUACUUUUGUAAUCCGUCCUUCAUUUAUGUUAAACAUUUAACUUUGAACUGGAAAGAGAUCUGGGCUCCUGAAUUGCAUGGUAUGAUAUUACUUCUUUUUCAUAAAAAAACUUAAAAUCAUUUGCUGACUUUCAAACAUUUUGCCAUAUUUUGCAUCACGUUGCCAAGCAACCAACAUCAUUCAAUCUUGCUGCUUGGGAUUUAUAUGCGUCACCAUCGCAUCCACCUGUGAAAUGCAAUAGACAUGUGCACCAUAUCAGUGAGCACUGCAUACUCGUUACAAAACAUAGAUAAGACCAUGUCACACUAAUAUAUUGUUGCGUAAGAGAUCACCACCUCUGGGAGAUUUGCCCCUUUUGAUGACGAAAUUGACAUGAAAAAGUCUCUGAACUUGGAAGUAUCAUCUGCGGUUUCAUAUGCAAUGAUUACCAAAGGAUCUCCUGGCAGAACCAAAGCUGCACCAGAUCUUCGUGUAGAGGAUAUCAUUGCAAAGGUUAUUCAAGCAAUUCAACCUAUGCUUGUUGAAGCUAUAAGCACAGCAGUGACCGCGGCAAUGAGAGUCAUGAUGGAUAACAUCAAGCAACCUAUAGAAGUGCAGCCUCCGCCCCCAGCCUUGCAGAUGGAUGUGCAGCUCCACAGUUUCCAAGUGUAUGAACUUGAGUAGUAUACCAGGAGGGAGAACAUCAAGCUCUAUGGUAUCCCGGAACAAGAGGAGGACACCAACCAGCUGGUACUCGACGUUGCUAAAUAGAUUGGGGUGCAACUCCAGCUUGAGGACAUCUCAGUCAGCCAAUGUGUUCCUGCCCCGAAGAAAGCUGGAAAACCUGGGCCAAUCAUUGCUAAGUUGGGGUGAAGGGAGAAGAAAGUGGAGGUGAUGAGGGCCACUCUCCCUCUUACUGAAAAAUCAAAACUUGCACAGCACUUUCAGACCAUGCAAAAAAUUUCAAAGGACAAAAUGAGAAAGCUUUUUGACAUUGCUUACACAGUUGCAUAUUGUGAACAACCCUUUGCCAUGUACAAAAACUUUGUGCUCCUUCAAAAGAAGCAUGGCGUGGACCUUGGGAGUGACAUACGUAAAUGAUGUUGCAUGGCGCACAUUCAUUCAUCACAUAGCUGCCACUAUGAGAGAAGACCUUGAGAGGCUUUUUCAACAGGAGCUGUUGUACUUCUCAUUACUGUUUGAUGGCAGUACAGACAAAUCCAUCUCUGAGAAAGAAGUUGUCAGCAUCAAGCUCAUUGAAAAUGGCAUUCCGAAGAUAAAACUCCUAGGAUUCCUCUAUAAUUGCAAAAUAGCAGAACCAGAAAGGUGUGAUGCUGCUAAAGUUGAGCAAGCGAUACGGAAGUUGUGUGAAGACCGUCCCCUCAACCUGAAGAAUGGAUUUGUAGCAUCCGCAGCUGAUGGUCCUGCAGUAAACUUUGGAGAGAAAAGUGGGGUCCUGACCAGAUUCAAGCAAGAUGCUCCAUGGUUGAUCAAGAUGCACUGCAUCAUUCUUAAUGUGGAAUACGUCAUGGACAUUUAUGUUUCAGAACUUGAUUGAUAUUGAUGUUUUUUUGUUUAUACUACGUAAAUGUACUUGAAACUUAUGCACUUAUCAAUUAUAUUCCCGGCCCUGGGGGUCCCGGGACAUAGCCAGGAAUGUACAAAAAAUUGCUGCCCUGCAUGCCAGGUUGUGUAGCCGGGACAUGGCGGGGAAUGUACAAAAGACUGUUCCCAGCCCACGGGGACAAUCAUUGAAGUUAGCGGGGACGUGUAUGGCAAGCCGUUUGUACCAUAAAGGCGAUAAACCGAGUUUAUCGCCGAUAAACAGAGUUUAUCUCGAUAAACUAAGU